GACUCAUUUAAUGUAUUAACUCAUUUAGUCCCCACAAAAAUUCUAUCAAGUAGAUAGGACUACUAGCCCAUCUUUUUUUGAGGUUGUGAAAAUCAACAAAAGGAAUCCUUUCGAAUGGACUCAGGAAGCCAGCAGAGGGAGCCCUGGCCAUACUACUCUCCCUUGCAUUCACAGCGGGCCCAACAGUAAGUAAGCACCGCCUUACUCCCAGUGAGCAAUGACCAUGACCACAACUCAGCCAAUCAAAAGCCUCUAUACUUGGCACCUUUUCUUUCCUCCAAUAGACCUUUUGUUUAGAACAGCCUUCCCAACUUCUCUCUGACUUAUAUAAAUAAGUGUUCCUCUCCGUUGUUCUCCAGACUUGCCUACCAUUUUCUACAGCUUCCUUAUCCUGAACUGCAAUUCUUUGCUAGUCCCAAUCAGCCAUUUUUGAUGGUAAAAUGACUGACAGUUUUAUUUGUGAGGUUAACAGAGGAAACCAAGGCCCAGAAAGAGUAACUUCCUUCUCCACUGUUACAUAGCUCUUCCCUGGUGGAGCCAGAAGAAUCACUAAUGGCAAAUGAAUUUCAAAAGAAAAUGUGCUUGUUAAUCUAAAGUGAAACUGACAGCUGGAAUACACUGAAGGGCUACAGUAUCUUCCACAAUGUUCCUAUUGCAAGGUGCCCAGAUGCUGCAGACACUGGAGAAAUCCCUGAGGAAGAGCCUUCCUGAAUCUUUAAAGGUUUAUGGGACUGUCUUCCACAUGAACCAGGGAAAUCCAUUCAAGCUGAAGGCCUUAGUGGACAAGUGGCCUGACUUUACAACAGUGGUUAUCCACCCUCAGGAGAAGGAGAUGAUAGAUGAUUUUGAUCACUACACCAAUACUUACCAAAUCUACUCCAAGGACCUCAAGAAUUGUGAGGAAUUUCUUGGCUCACCAGAAGUCAUCAACUGGAAACAGCAUUUGCAGAUCCAAAGUACCCAGCCCAGUCUGAAUGAGGUGAUACAGAAUGUUGCAACCACUAAAUCCAUCCAAGUCAAGCAGACACGGUGCUUUCUCUAUAUGAUGGCGAAUGAGGUGAAGAAACUGUUUCCUUCCCUGCUGGACGUAAAGCAGUUAUCCCCCAGUGGCGGCAAACCCAAGGCCAUCAACCAAGAGAUGUUUAAACUCUCCUCCCUGGACGUUACCCAUGCUCCCUUGGUGAAUAAAUUCUGGCAUUUCGGCGGCAAUGAUAGGAGCCAGAGGUUCAUCGAGCGCUGCAUCCAGACCUUCCCCACCUUCUGCCUGCUGGGGCCUGAGGGGACCCCUGUGUCCUGGGACCUGAUGGACCAGACAGGGGAGAUGCGGAUGGCGGGGACCGUGCCUGAGUACCGGAAGCAGGGCCUUAUCUCUCACAUCAUCUAUUACCAGACCCAGGUUCUACACAAACUCGGCUUCCCCCUGUAUUCACACACAGACAAGAAUAACAAAAUUAUGCAGCGGAUGUCUUAUAAUCUGCACUACAUCCGCCUGCCCUGUGACUGGAACCAGUGGCACUGCAUGCCUCUCUGAGGCAGCCCUGCAUGGAAGACCAUGUCAGAUGGGCCUGGGCCUGGGCCUGGGGGGACAGAGGGAGAGAAGAUGCUGUUUCGUCUUCUGCCACUGCUAAAGAAAUGGCACUAUUUGGGCUCGGGGGAAGCAGCACGAUUGGUCAGCAAGGCCACCCUCAUCCCUGCACACACAUCGCAGAUGGGCUUCUAUAGAUUUGUCCGUAUGAAGCAGGCCCAGGUAUUCCUGCAGUGGCCCCCACAUAAGUGAGCCCUCCCACACUUCCAGGAUCUUGGUGACAUUGCUUCAUGAGCUGCAUGUUGCCCCAGAUAGCUUCUCCUGGACUUCUUACAACAUGGAUUAGUAGAGCCUUGACAAAUUUUCCAGGGAGGGAUAAUGUUUUCUGGGCAUUAUGAAUUAUUUCUGUUCCUUCUUGUGGCUGUUUCCCUAGUGAUCAGCAAGUGUGUUCUGCUCAUUAGGUUUGCA